AUGUCUCUCAGGCCAUUACAUUGCAAGAGUGGCAUCAUUGAAGCUGAAAGUCAAUUAUCUGAUAUUACAUGGCCUACUGGUGACAGUGACGUAUCAUCUUUCACUACCUCUAUUGCUUCGAGCAUCAAGGAUUAUGUCUACGAGAACGGCCGUCGCUAUCAUGGUUUUCGGGAGGGUGAAUAUCUUUUCCCGAAUGAUGAGACCGAGCAAGCUCGCAUGGACAUGCUUCAUCACAUCUAUCGUCUCAUGCUAGGGGGUGGCCUUUAUAAAGCCCCGACUCCACAAUCUCCUCAACGCAUCCUGGAUAUCGGCACAGGGACCGGCAUCUAUGCGAUUGAUAUAGCAGAUGAAUUCCCAAAUGCAGAGAUAUUGGGGAUCGACCUAAGCCCAAUUCAGCCCCAUUGUAUUUCCAACUGGGACCGGCUCUUCCAACAAGCAUUCCAUCAUAUGAGGCCUGGUGGAUACAUAGAGAUGCGGGAGUUUCGUGUUUGGUUUUAUUCGCAGGAAGGCGAGCUCUCGGAUGAGUCUUCUGUUCGGCAAUGGAAUUGCCACCUUGUGGACGGCAUGAAUAUCUUUGGAAAAUCAAUAAAUGUCGUCGACGAGCUAGUCGAGAAACUGAAAGCGGCUGGAUUUGUAGGAGUGCGUGAAGACGUGCUGAAGGUUCCCGUUGGGCCCUGGCCAAAGGAUCCGCGUCUCAAGGAGCUUGGCCGGUGGAUGCAAAUACAGACAAUGGAUGCCAUCGAGCCAUUGCCCUUGGCGCUCUUUCCUCGCGUACUGGGCUGGUCUGAGCAAGAAAGUCGUAUCCUUUUUUUCGAAAGCUCGACAAGAAUUUAA